UCAUGGAUGAGAUUUCUUAUUUUGUUUGUUGCUAGAGUCACUGGGAUCAUAAUGUCAUGCCAGCGGUUGUCACAGCAACUGGUAUACAUAACAUCAGAGUGUGUUUACAUGAUGCAUACAGAGUUCUUCAAACAUGAAUAAUAACACGAAACCUCUAAUGAUGGGCUCAAAAUCAGACGCCGUCCCUCCUGAAGACAGACUAUCAGAUGCAGCCACCCUUCCAAACAAAACUAAAGCAGACUACUUAAAGACCAUCAACCCCUCCAGGAAGACACUGUCAUCUCUGGAAGCAAAGCUUAUAUUUGGGGUACUAGAUGAGAGCAUUCAUCAGAUGGAGAUAGUCUCUCUAAUACCCACUUUGCUGAGCUCUCCAGAAGCACUUUCCCAGAGUCUUGGAGAAGAGGUGGUCCAUGCCCUGAAAGAGCACCAGAGGCUUGGGGAAAAGUACCAAGCUAUUGUGCUUGACGCGAGCUUUGAGCAAAUUGAACUUAAGGAACAAUUAGCCAAAUCAACAAAAGCAGUUCAGGACUCCUUUCAUAACAUUAUGCGGCUACUUAAGGCAACUCCGACCACAAGGGAGGUGCUAAAAGGCAUAGAACCCAACCCAGGGGGAGAGAUGGAGACUCAGAAACUGAAAGAUGGCCUGUGUGAUUUGAGAGAGAUUGUUUUGGAGAGGCUUCUCACUACACCUGCAGAGGAGAGAGAACGCAGAGAGAUGAUGCUUGAAGUCAGUCUACGUCACUCUGCCAACCAGGAGCUGAUAUACUCACUGGAAAAAGAGGUUGCCAGUGCAAUAAAAGACAAGGAUACAGAGACCUCCACGUUGAAUAAUAAAGUGCACCAGCUGAGAAACUCACUGCAUCAGAUGGAAAAAGGUUUGGAGGACUUCAUCGUCCGAACUCAACAGGAUGCUGAGAAACAGAGCCAAUCAGACACAAAAACUUCAGAGGGGAAGAGAGCUCGUUUGCAGCAGGAGGCCAGUCAACUGAGUGCACAGCUCAAUAAUGUGACUGCAGAGGACAGAGAGAGAGAACUGGCACUACAAAAGAAAAAAUACAAGGAGGAAACAGAGAUUGAGAACUGGAUCCAGAAAUAUGAUACUGAAAUUGGAGAGAAACAGACAGAUUUGGAGGAAAUGACACGCAUGUAUGAAGCAGACAUGGCAGAGCUGAGAGUGCUGGAGGAACAUUCUGCAGUUCUGGACCUGGAGUACUCCCAGAUUAUGGAGGAGCGACAGGAGGCUCAGAAGCAGAGGGAACAACAGGAAAGAGAAAGAGAGAUGCAGAGCCAAGCUGCCACUGUCAUUCAGGCCCACUGGAGAGGCUUUUGUGUGCGCAAGGCCAUGAAGGCCAACGCAAAACCCAAGAAAGGGAAGAAAGGAAAGGGGAAAAAAGGGAAAUGAAAGAAAGCAAGACAUGAAAGCAUAGUGCAAGAUAAUCAACAAUAUAAUUUACAUUAUUAGAUUAAUGAAAUGAAAAAAAAAACACUGUGUUACUGUGAGACUCAUGAAGAAUUCAAGUGUUCACAUUCCUCUGAAAUAUACACUGUACAGUUUUUAACCAGA